AUUAAUGUAUCAUCGUUAUAUGUGCAGAUAUUUCAGUUAUGGAGGCGGGUCCAUUGACACGUGAUGUUCUUUAUGACCAAGAGCGCCACCGAUCCGCGAAGAUAGACGCUGGGGAGGCCCCGAGUAUUACUAUUGUCGAUCAUACCCGUGCACAUUCUAGCUGGGAGUUGACGGAUCCACAGAUACAAUAUUAUGUGCGUCAAGCCGGCUUUUUUGAGUGUUCACAAAUUAAAUGGGUAAGACUUGAUUGGGCACUUUUGACGGCGUUGGUUGAACGAUGGAGGCCCGAGACAAAUACUUUCCAUCUGCGCCAAGGAGAGGCGACGAUUACCUUACAGGAUGUUGGGGUUAUACUUGGCCUCAGAGUAGAUGGUGAUGCAGUGACGGGCACCGAUGGCUUCAACUAUGUCAGGGCGUGUGAAGAAUUGUUGGGUCACUGUCCUACAAUGAAGGGGGGAAAGAUCAAGCUCGGGGUUGGGAACCCCGACCAUUUCGUAAGAGACCUAUUUCGAAAUGGUCGGGGUUCCCAAACCCGACCAUUUUGUCCGUCGUUCAGCCCAGCGCUGGCUGGGCUCUGCUAA